GAUCACACAUCGUAAAAAGUGUCUUCGCAGCAGAACUCACGCAGCUCAUCUGCCACCUGGUUGCAGCCGAUGUGCCUCAGUGUUUCCACGCAGCAUAAGCGCGAGGUCACUCGGAACUAAUGGCUCCUCCCGUCACGAUCAAAGAAGCCAUUGCGAACAUUCUAGAAGACCUGACCGAGCCGAACUUGGAGAAGUUUAAAGAGCGGCUGCUGGACCGCAAGCAGGUCCGGCGCGCGCGGGUGGACCGCAAGAGUUUUUUGGUGGUGGCCGACGUCAUGGUCUCUACUUACACCGAGGCCGGGGCACUUCCGGUGGCUGUGGACAUUCUGACACAGAUUGACUGCAACGAGGAAGCGAAGACACUAAGGAAGGAAACUGAGGGACUGUCCUCGACACCUGGAUCUGGAGGCAAUAAGCACUUUGUGGACAAACACAGAGUUCAGCUGAUCCAGAGAGUGGGCCACAUUGAAACAAUUCUGGAUGAGCUCUUAGAUGAAGGUGUUAUCCAGCAAGAGCUUUAUGAUAAGAUUAGGUCUCUGAGCAUCCCCCAGGAAAAGAUGAGGGAGCUCUACUCUACUGGCCUGAAAGCUAGUGAAGCCUGCAAAGACGUCUUCUAUAAAAUCCUAAAGAAACAUGACCCUUAUCUCAUCAGGGAACUGGAGGGAAAAUAAUCUAUAUUUUUAGCUUAUCAAUUGUGAUUUAUUUUUGAUUUUUAUUUUUUUAUUAAAAAAAAGAAGACAUAAUCAGAUGAUUAUUAGGGCUGCGUAUCGCCACCAAUUUCCUGAAACGAUUUGAUUCCGAUUUAGUUCCGAUUUAAAUAAUGAAUUAAUACUGUUAAUUAUACAAAGAUUCUUCACAGCUGGCCUAUGGAGAAUAUUUGUGAUUACAUUAACAACUACUUUAAUGUAUUUUUUAAGUAAGACGACAAGCACUCGUCGUUGAUCACGUGACAUUCAGUACCGAGGUAGAACGCAUCAUAAAUGCCAUUACCUGUAUUUAACAAAAUACUAGUGGUAUCAAACGAUUAAAAUAUUGAUUAACUCGCAAUUAAUCCCACUUUUCUUAUUAAUGGCACAUUUGUAUCUAUUCUAAAUGUCCCUUGAUUUCUUUUUGUCCCAUUAUUUUUUCUCACUUUAAUGUUCUUAUCAACAUAGAAAAGUGGAUGUGCUUGCUUUAUUGAGACAAUAUCUCUGUCACCUGCAUACUUGGACUUCUUCCUCUUAUUGUGAGAGCCGCACAGUAGUAAGAGAGGCAGUGUGUGAAUAAAGAGUCCCGUGGUUUAAUGUGUUGUUGCUGUAACGAGCUAAUCCGGGCUAAAGGAGCUAGCGGUCUUCGGUGGUCUCCUUACUACGGUUGGGGGUCUGCCAGCUUGGUUGCUAACUCUGCAGACAUCAUGACUUGGAUGGCUGGAUUUUCUGUGUUGACAUUUGAAUAAAAGACUUUGAGAUCUC